CGGGGCUUACCUCCGGAUCCCCCCCAGUCUCGAGCGACCGCUGGGCCGGCAGCAAGUGUUUGUGCGCGCUACAGUGCGGACCCGGCAACGGAUAUGGUCAAGGCUCUUAAGUUCGUUCUGGCGCGCCACUUUGAGGGCGAGCCGCAGCUCGACAACUUCCGACUGGAGGAGGAGGAACUGCCGCCUCUGGAAGAUGGCCAGAUACUGUGCGAAGCCGUUUACCUCAGCGUAGACCCGUAUCAGAGGGUGUUCAAGGAAAUGCACAAGCUGGGUGAACCCAUGAUUGGGUCUCAGGUGGCACGUAUUGUGGAGAGCCGCUCACCUGACUUCCCAGUCGGGAAGUACGUCGUCGGUUACUGGGGCUGGCGUGAUCGCACAGUGGCUGACACAAAGAACCAUAAUGACUUGUGGGCACCCAUUUUAGCACCUGAUGUUGGCGACUUGCCCUUGUCACUGUGCCUGGGGGUCUUGGGCAUGCCAGGCAAUUCUGCAUAUUUUGGAUUUCUUGAACUCUGCCAUCCCAAGACAGGAGAGGUGGCUGUGGUCAGUGGGGCAGCUGGUGCCGUUGGCUCCAUUGUAGGCCAAAUUGCUCGUAUAAGAGGCUGCAGGGUCAUUGGCUUUGCUGGGUCUGAUGAAAAGGUAAAAUGGCUGAAGGAUGAACUGGGUUUUCAUCAUGCAUACAACUACAAGUCCAUGGAUGUUGCAACAGCAUUAAAAGAGGCUGCACCUGAAGGUGUGGAUGUAUACUUUGAUAAUGUAGGAGGGAAGCUGAGCAGUGAUGUAAUAUAUAGUAUGAGAACAGGAGGAAGAAUUUCAGUCUGUGGCUCUGUAUCUAGUUACAAUUCCACAGAAAUACCAACUGCACCCAUCUUACAGCCAGCCAUGAUUUUCAAAGAGCUGAAAAUGGAGGGAUUUUUAGUUAAACGUUGGUUGGACCGAUGGGAUGAGGGAAUUAAACAAAAUAUACAAUGGAUUAAAGAAGGAAAAUUGAAAUACAGAGAGACUGUCACAGAAGGAUUUGAAAAUAUGCCAAAAGCAUUUAUUGGUAUGCUUAAGGGAGAAAAUGUUGGAAAAGCAGUCAUCAAAGUUUAAUGUACUCAGUUGUGGAUUUGCAGUCAAACAGAAUUCUUUGAUACGAGGAUUUUAAUGGGGUUGAUGAGCAAUGAAAGGUAAAUAGGAAUCACUUUAGUUACCUGCUUGCAUCCACAUCACAUCAUAGCUAUGAAGAAGUUUUUGGUUGUGUUGUGUUGGUAAUAUAAUAAAAUAUUGUCAUAACACUGUAAAAUAUUUGCAAACAUUACUGUCUUUACCAUCAAUGCAAAACAUGAGACAAUCUUUCAUUACUUUGUAAACAUGUUUCUUGUAAUAAAAAUACUAAAAAUAA